GAACGAGAAUGUUGUCCCGAAUGUCGCAAACAAGCAAGACCUGAUGAUAUUGUAACACAGCUCUUUUUCCACUCUGAUUCAGCAACGGCGCGAAAACGACGUCCAGAUUAUGGCCGAGGGAGCAGUUCUGAUUCUGAUGAAUACGAUUCCGAUUCGAGCGAAUCGUCGGAUUACGAUACUCUUUUACAGAAGUUGGAUGAUGCUUAUGUGGAGCUCGAAAGAGAAAAAGCGAAGCUCGAACAAACGAAACAGUUCUUGAGCAGUGUACAGCGAGAAAAACUAGAUUUGAUCAAUAAUAUCAUAGAAGCAAAUCUGAAGAAAAGUGGCAAUUAG